AUGGUCAGUCUCAAACGUAUAAAGCUGGAGAUGCCCAUUGGCUUCGAUUCCCUGGGACGCGCUUCUUCGCCAGCGGCCAGGCUUCAGACGCGCGACAUCUGGAAAAAGGUUGACAUUGGAGUUCUCCUGGAUGAGUACUCUGCCGCUGUGCACCCACGCGAAGUGCUCUUCUUGAGGAGGCGCGCUGCGCGCGGCACCGCGGCCGCGCUGGCGGUGGCCUGCGCGACCACGCUCGCGGCGCAGCUGGGCUUCGCCGGGUCCCAGGCGACUCCUGGCCGUGCCCGCGCGGCCGCGCUGCGGGCGAGCCCUGUGGACCAGAUCAACAACCCCAUCAAGACCGUCGCCGACACCAUCGCUGAUUUCUACAAGACCUACCCGCAGCCCCCAUUGCUGCCCAUGUACCGCCCGUUUGUGAUGGACCUCAUGAAGCAGGUCCAUUUGGCGGCCGUCGACUCCAGGUUCAAGUACGACGCCAUCUUCGGCCUCGGGCUCCGUGAGGCCUACGUCUCGCUGAUGGGUGCGUACGACAAGAUCGGCGGCUGCAAGGAGGUGGAAAAGAUCUGGCCCGCAUUCGCCAAGGCGUGCAGCCUGGACGGGAAGGCGAUGCAGGAGGACGCCGAGGCGGUGGCCAGCUGGGCCAAGAGCACAUCGCCGGCCCAGGUCCUGCAGGUCUUGGAGGGCGCCGAGGCCGCGUCCGACCCGAGGGUGUCGACCGCCGUCUCCAACAUCAAGACCAGCCUGUACAAUCAGAUGUACAGCAUCGGCAUUUUCAAGAUGAUGGAGUACAGCGGCGUAGCCGUUACCAAGGACAAUGUCGAGGAGUGGGCAAAGGCGCUCAAGGUGCCCCCGAGCAAGCCCGCCACCGACCUGGAGACCUACAAGAGGAACAUGGACAAGCUCCAGAAGGCCGAGGAGAUGAUGCGGGAGGUGGAGAUCCGCGAGAAGAAGAAGCUCGCGGAGCGCCUGGAGGAGAAGGCCAAGGCUCUCGCUGCGAAGGCCGCGGCAGCGUCCGCGGCCAAGACCGACGAGCCCGCCGCAGCGUGA